AUGUGUGGAAUUUUCGGAAUUGUUGCUGCGAAAAACUCGGAGAGUGUCGAAGAAUUGCCAAUUUUGGCAUUGAAUGGAUUAUCCGCUUUACAGCAUAGGUAACUAUUUUGUAGUUCAUCUGGACAAGUGAUGUCCGAAAUUCUAUUGUAGCGUGUAGUUUUUUGAUGUGUAAAACUUCGAUUUUGUCUGGAAUUACUCAUCGAACUUCGCUGAGAACUACACUUUUUCGUGAAAUAUGUGGGAAAAUCUCUAAUUUUUAAUAUUCAUUGUCAUUUCCAUAAUCUCUAGACUUAUUUUGAGAUUAAAAAUUUGAAAAGUUCAAAUCACAUCAUUUUGCUUUCAUGAAAUUUGGAAAUUCUUAUUUCCGAUUGUGCAAAAUAAUUAAUGAAGUGAGAAAAUAUAGCAUUAUUACUAUUAUACGACAUUUUUAGAGGAACUGAAUCUGCUGGUUUGGUUGGAUCUGAUGGAAUAACAAAAAAUCAAGUGGAGAUUAUUAAAGGACAGGGACUUGUUAGAGAUGUUUUCACUGAAGAUUCUAUUUAUAAAAUGAAAGAUAAUCGUCUUUUGAUUGGACAUAACAGAUAUUCCACAGCUGGAAAGAAGAAAUCCGGUAUAAAUUGUGUUCAACCUUUUGUUGUUUAUACAGCAAGAGGAACUGUUUCAAUUGCUCAUAAUGGAGAACUUGUUGAUGCAAAAAAGAAAAGAAAAGAAGUUUUACAUGAAGGAGUUGGAUUAUCUACUGAUACAGAUUCUGAAUUAAUUGCACAAAUGGUUGCAAAAUCGAUUGCUUUGAAUGUGAAAUGUCAUACUGAUGCAGAUUAUGGAGAAAUUACUAGAGUAAGAUAACCUUGAAAAAGGACUAGAACAUAGAUUUUCUAAACUUAGGAACUUGCUGCAACAAUGUCAGCACUGAAUAUGUCAUAUUCAUUAUUAGUCAUGACCUAUGAUAGAAUAUAUGCAAUUCGAGAUCCAUUUGGAAAUCGGCCACUUUGUGUGGGAACUGUUUUCGAUCGAGGUAAUCUUCAUUAUUCUAAUCUAAUUAAUUUAGUUAAAUCUAAUAUUUUUGUUCAGAAACUGGAGGGGAAAUCGCGUAUUGUGCCGCUUCAGAAUCUUGCGCUUUUCCUAUGAAUUCGAAAAUAAAUUUCGAAGUGAGACCAGGAGAAAUCGUAGAAUUAUCAGAAAAUGGAAUUCGUUCGGUUUGGCAGAUGAAACCACAAUCGCCUCUUGCAAUGUGCAUUUUUGAAUAUGUUUAUUUUGCAAGAAAUGAUUCUGAGAUUGAAGGCCAACAGGUUCAAAGUGUACGGUAAGUUUUAAAUAAGAAGCUAUAUUCAUAAUUCUAAUAUAAAUUAAUUUAAAGCGAGGAAUGCGGGCGAACUAUGGCAUUAGAAGAUACUGUUGAGGCAGAUCUAAUUGGAAAUGUUCCCGAAAGUUCAUUGAGUGCUGCAAUUGGUUAUGCAUCUCAAUCUGGAAUUCCAUUCGAGCCCGUUUUUCAUCGGAAUUCCUAUGUUGGUCGGUCUUUUAUUCAACCAAACAAUGAAAUGCGACAAAAUGCGAUAAAAAUGAAAUUUGGUAAGAAAAAGUUCUAGAUUCAGCUUACAAGUCUUGUCUAUUUUUAGGAGUCUUGAAAAAGAAAGUGAAUGAUCAACGAGUUGUUCUUGUUGAUGAUUCAAUUGUUCGAGGAAAUACUAUGAAAACUUUGGUAAAACUUUUGAGAGAAGCUGGAGCUAAAGAGGUGAGUUCAAAAAAUGAGAAAAUAAUAUCUUACCUUUCCCAAAGUUCGAAUGGAAGUUUUUCCUUCGCACUUCUGUAAUAUUAAAAAGUUUUUAUAUUGAAAAAUGAAAAUAAAUAUCAAAAGUAUACAAAAAUGGUGUCAAACCAUUGAAAAGAAUCGAUGAAAAAUAACAAUUUCGUCUAGAAACCAUUUAUUUAUUUUAUACUCGAAACAAAACAUAAACAUGCACAAAUAAAAGUGUUGUCAAACGCUUGAGAAAAAUGUGCAAACACCAUUGCGGACACAUGUGUACCGUAGGAACAAAAUCGAGCUAUUUUUGAGGUCCAUUUGCGAAUCGCAUCUCCACCUGUCAAAUUUCCAUGUUUUAUGGGAAUCAAUAUUCCAACGAGAGCCGAAUUGAUUGCCUCAAAUAAAACAAUUGAGGAAAUUUGUGAAUAUGUUGGAGCAGAUUCAGUGAGAUAUUUGUCAGUCGAAGGAUUGUUGAAUGUGAGUGGAGAAAAUGUUUGAAAGAGGGAGAAGACACCUUAUGUAAUUUGGAAAUUUCAAAUUUGCAAUAAGUUGGAAAUUUCAAAUUUGCAAUAAGUUGGAAAUUUCAAGGAAAAAGAACAGAUUUCAAUAUUCUAAGAGAACGCAACUGGAAAUUGAAUAGGAAAUAUGACUAAUAUGAAAAAUCAGCCCAUUUGGUUUCCAUGGUUUCAUUAACAUAAUAAUUUUCUCCUCCCUUUUCCCAACAAUUUAUAAAUUGCCAAUAUUUUCAGUCUGUCCAAAAAGGAAUCGAAAAAUCGACAACAUUUGCAGUUGGUCAUUGCACAGCGUGUUUGACAGGCAAUUAUCCAACGACAAUUGAAAUAUGA